CAGUGACGGAGAAAAUGCUCAGAGAAGAGGAAGAUACAAGAAAGAGAGAGAGAGAGAGAGAGAGAGCGGGGGCGGGUAGGUAGGUUCAACACUAGUUAGCAGGCAGACGUGUGGAGAGAUAUAUUUGGCACCAGAGAGAGAUAUAUAUAAGAAGUUAGGAGAAGUAGAAUCCAGAGCGCGGCAAGAGAAGGUUCUGACAGACGGUCAAAAACUAAAAAUAGAUCUAAAAGAAAGAAGGGUUUUACUCUUUUUCUACGUAUUUUCAAGUGAAGACACCGCGGUAGAAUAUAGGCGACGUUCGGAACCACACAACGGGGAAGACGUUAGAAUUUAUUGAAAUAAAGGGCGCACCACGAAGACUGUUCGAGAGACACGUAAUCCUGGAAAAAGAAGCGUACAUUUGACAGAGGAUCUACGGAUAUUUUUUCCCUCUUCAUUCAAAUCCUCCUAUACUGGAAUACACAUGUGAGCUCGGAUUAUCGUCUUAUUUACCACUGACCUAAACAAUUUGAGGGACUUUCCCUUCCGCUAAUAUGAAAACUCAAGUCACGCUCUUGAUACUAGGCCUGUGCCUGAGCAGUGGAGUGCAUGUGCAUGGAGGAUGCAAGGAGGGAUUUGUCUUCCGCAACGGAGGAUGUGUAGACACAGGAAGGGAUGCCCAACAAUACAAAACAAAACAGUCGGCAGGAGGAUGUAACGAUGGUUUUAGCUACACUGGUACAGAAUGCGAAGAUGAAGAUGAGUGUGACUCUGUGAUUCCGAUCUGUGGUCUGGAUGCCAACUGCACCAACACACCAGGCAGCUACUACUGCACCUGUCGUACAGGAUACAGAUCCUCAAAGGGGGAGAAGUUUACAGCAGUGGACUCACGUUGCAAAGAUAUAAACGAAUGUGUGGAGAAAAAACCCUGUGACCCCAGGCAGACCUGUGAAAACACACUUGGCUCUUUCAAGUGUUCGUGCCGUGAUGGGUACAGGAAGGGACGUGGUGACCUGGCCUGUGAAGAUGUGAAUGAGUGUGUUGAAAGUCGUCCUGAUUGUGGCCCAAACGGCACCUGCAGAAACACACCUGGCAGUUACACCUGUACCUGUCCAGAAGGGUUCAGAAACCACGGUAACAACAGCAGAGCCCGUUGUGAAGAGGUGGAUGAGUGUGUUGACAAUCAUCCAGAUUGUGGCCCAAAUGGCACCUGCAUAACCACAUCUGGCAGUUACACCUGUACCUGUCCAAGGGGGUUCAGGAACCACGGGAACAACCUCAGUGGCCCUUGUGAAGAUGUGGAUGAGUGUGUGACAAGUCCUCCUGACUGUGGUGUAAAGGGUGUCUGCACAAACACACCGGGCAGUUACACCUGUACCUGUCCAAAAGGGUUCAGGAACCACGGCAGCAACCUCAGUGGCCCCUGUGAAGAUGUGAAUGAGUGUGUGGUGAGUCCUGUUGCUUGUGGCCCACACAGCACCUGCACAAACACACCUGGCAGUUACAUCUGCACGUGUCCAAAAGGGUUCAGGAACCACGGCAACAUCCUCAGUGGCCCUUGUGAAGACAUAAACGAGUGCGACACAGACCCAAGCAUCUGCGGCUCAGAGUCGGAAGGCAACUGCACAAACACGCAGGGAAGUUACACCUGUGCGUGUCGUCCUGGUCACAGUAACUAUGGCAACGGACAGGGCAGGUGCACAACGCUCACCUGUGACGGGUAUGAUGACGGAGGCUCAGAUGAGCAGGCCGAGGGAGGUUUAGAGCGUCUUUGGGCGAUGAUGAGACAGAACUGUGAGAACCUGAUAAGCGGGGAUGAAGAUUCAAGCCACACAGGACAUGGGCUACUCGAGGAUGUGCUGACUGGGACAGAUGAGCUCCUGUCCCAUAGCCAAAGCAUGGACGACAACAGCCAAGUGACAGGCCUGCUUACCCUGAUGGAGAAAGCCAUGAUGCUAAUCGGACCACAACUGAAACAGAACCGCACCAAGAUGGAGUCACAGCACACAGAGGCGGAGUUUGCAGUGAAAAGAGGUAAAGCCCCUCCCACCGGGUCGGUCUUGCUUACCACAGAGAGCGCCUCCUUCAAGACCAGCUGGGAAACUGCAGCCGGCAACGGCACUUAUCCAGGUUUCACGGUGGUGGCUCUGGUCAGCUAUAAGAGCCUGAACUCCACCUCGGCCUCCUCCUUUGAGGCCCUGAGGGAGGAGAUGCAGGCAGAGAAGAGGAAGGAGCAGCAGGAGCAGAAGGUGGAGGUCAGCCUCCAGAUCAUCUCCAACGUGGUGACGGCCUGCGUCAGCAACCCAGAUUCACACCACCUGGACCAGCCUGUCAGCUUCACCUUCAAACAUCCUCAGGAGAUGAAUGAGUCUGAGCGUUUGAACUAUACGUGUGUGUUCUGGGAAAGAGACGUGUGGUCCCGGCGUGGGUGUGUGGCGUCUUCCAACAGCACACACACCGUCUGCACGUGCAAUCAUCUCAGCAGCUUCGCCGUACUUAUGGCCCUUUACGACAUCAAGCACACCUUUGAGCUGCAGCUCCUCACAUGGAUCGGCCUGGCCGUGUCGCUGGCGUGUCUGUUUGUCUGCAUCCUGACCUUUGGCCUGUGUCGCUCCAUCAAGGGCACGCGUACCACCAUCCACCUCCACCUCUCGCUCUGCCUCUUCCUCGCCGACCUCAUCUUCCUCUGCGGCAUCAGCCGAGCACAGAAGGCUGGCUGUGGACUGGUGGCAGGCCUGCUGCAUUACUUCUUCCUGGCUGCGUUCAGCUGGAUGCUGCUGGAGGGGGUGCAGCUCUACAGGAUGGUGGUGCUGGUCUUCCACACCACCCUCCGCCCGGCCCACAUGAUGGCCGUCGGCUACGGAGCUCCGCUCGCCAUCGUCAUCGUCUCCGCCAUCGCCUACCCACAGGGAUACGGCACCGAUCAACACUGUUGGUUGUCUCUGGAUCAUGGUUUCAUCUGGGCGUUUUUCGGCCCUGUGUGCAUCAUCAUCUUCCUCAACGCCCUGUCCUUCCUCAUCACACUCUGGAAGCUGGCCGAGAAGCUCACCAGCCUCAACCCCGACCUCUCCAACCUGCAGAUGAUCAAGGGUUUCACGGUGACUGCGGUGGCUCAGCUGUGUGUUCUGGGGGGUAUGUGGGUGUUCGGCUGCUUCAUGUUCAAGAGCGUGGCAAUGGCUUACCUCUUCACCAUCCUCAACAGCCUACAGGGGGCGCUCAUCUUCAUCAUGCACUGCCUCAUGUCCAAACCUGUGAGAGAUGAGUAUGCCAAGUUCCUGCGAAGUAUCUGCAAUCCAGAAAAGAGGAAAUACACAGAGUACACCUCCAACCCAUCCAGCAACAGCCAGCAGCCUUUGAAGACCAAUCCGAGUACGGGUCAGUCACAGCUAUGAGACGACCCUUGACCUUCAGAAGACCCACAACGCUUUGCAAGGCCAGAACUCUUGCAUUCAGUAUUCUUUACAGCUGGACUCCUUUUCUGCCUUUCUGGUCUCCUCUCCCUGUUUCUCCAGCCAAUAGGACAACAGUUCAAAUCUGGACUUCCUGUGUCCCAUUCAAUCAGAACAGGUCUGGGCAGCUGUUUCAUUUCUGUCUUCACCAAUGGGGGACAACUCUAGCCUACUUCCUUUAUUUCUGUUAACCAACAGAAGAAGCUUUCCUUCUGCCAUAGCCAAUAGCAGCUCAGGAAAUGGGAAUAUGAAGCCAUUUUAUAAGUAAGAGAGGUUGAAGUUAGAUAUGAGGUAUGAUAUAUGGAUCAUGUUGAUUGUUGUUGUUAUUGGCUGAAGGUUUGCACAUCAGUUCAGACAUUUCCAUUGGAAAGGUGUUAGCAUUCUCUGAUGUUUAGCUCAGUCGUAAAGCUCAAAUAGGAAGUGCAGAAUCUGUGAAUGUUUUCAAAAUGUAGAUGUUUUUACCAAAGCAGUGUUAUCAGGAUAGAGUAAAGUAUAGUUUAAAGUUAUAGUUUGGAUAGAAAUGUAAGAUAUUAAGAUGUACACUCACGCACGCACACACACACACACACACACACACACACAGAUACACACACACACACACACACA